AUGACCAACUACGGCACAAUCCCGACCUCCUCCGCCGCCACCGGCGGCGGCAGCUCCUCCUCGCCGUUCUCCAACCUCGCCUACAUCUCCCGCGCCGCCAAGGACCGGAUCCGAGACGGCCUCGGCACCCUCCGCCCCUGGAAAUCCAUGCUGGACUUCCGCAGCCUCGGCCUCCCGGGAACCCUAGCCGACGCAAUCGGCCGAUUGAAGACGAAUUCGGCCUACUUCCGGAUGAACUACGCCGUAAUUGUCCUGGGGAUCCUGUUCCUCAGCCUCCUCUGGCACCCGAUCUCGCUCAUCGUCUUCAUCGCCGCCAUGGCCGGCUGGCUGUUCCUCUACUUCCUCCGCGACGAGCCGCUGGUGGUGUUCGGGCGGCUGAUCGGCGACCAGGCCGUGCUGAUCGGGCUCUCGGUGCUCACGGUGGCUCUGCUGCUCCUCACCGAUGUUCUGUGGAACACCGUGGGGUCGCUUCUGGUCGGGGCGGCGUUGGUCGUGGCUCACGGGGUGGUGAGGAAGACGGAGGAUUUGUUCCUCGAUGAGGAGGAGACCGCCGGGUUCCUGGCCGGCGGUGGCGGCGGUCGGUCUUCUUCUUGA